CUUCUUGCAAUCGACAAGUGAUAAUUCCUAAGAAUUUUACUUCUGCUUGUUUUAAAGCAGAGGUUUCCAUAAGCCUGGGAAACAGGCAUGACCAUUUUCCUUUAAUUUCUAUAUAUAAUGUAUAUUACAUUUUGACGAACAAAAUCAAAAUUUUGCAAAAUGAAAUCGUACACUUGUGUGCGAUGGGGAUCCUUAUUAUUGUUUUCUUGGAUAAUCAGUGCAGCAGAGAUUGACUAUGCCAGGAACGGUUUUCCCGAGGGAUGCGUUGUCAACGGACAGUUUUAUGCAGUGGGCGACACCUUUAUUCCGGACCCGGCCAAUUAUCCGUGUGCAGAGCACAUUUGCGUUAAAGGAGAUGAUGGACCAAUCGACAGGCUGAACCGUAAUAUAGAGUGCCCGGAUCUUGGCUGUCCAUCGGGACAACAACCGAUCUUUGAAUAUGGGAAAUGUUGUCCCGAACGAUGCGAAGCGGCAACAUUUGUACAAAAAGAAGCUGCAAAGGAGAUGUUUGUUCCUGCGGAUGCAGGUAAACUUGGGGCAGUGAUUGGCAAAGAGGCAUUCGUUGUAGCAGACGAGAAGGCGGGAGGUGCUGCCGUCGCCCCGUACCCUUACCCAGGGGUUGGUGUUGGCAUGCCCGGACCAAGAGGCCCACAAGGACCCCCCGGACAACCGGGAUCCCCUGGAUUUCCUGGUCCUCGUGGCGAGAAUGGAGAACCGGGACCUAGCGGACCCCCAGGUCCAAGGGGGUUUCCCGGACCAACCGGUCAAAAUGGAAACGACGGAGAUGAGGGUUUGCCAGGAGAACAGGGACCCCCGGGACAAACAGGAGAACCCGGUAAUCCAGGAAGUCCAGGAAUGCCUGGGAUGCCUGGAAUGAAAGGACACAGGGGUAUGCCUGGAGGGCCUGGAAUGACUGGGGAGGCAGGGAAACCUGGAGACAAGGGCCCAGUUGGACCAGUAGGCCCCCCUGGAAGCCCCGGACUAAUGGGGCCGGCCGGAGCCCCCGGAGAGAGGGGUCGUGACGGACCAGAUGGGACACCGGGACUUCGAGGUUUGGACGGAAGUCCUGGAGAACAGGGACCCAUGGGUCCAAUAGGACCCCCCGGAUCCCCGGGAUUUCCUGGGAGCAUAGGAGCAAAGGGCGAUGCCGGUGUGAGGGGAGCUAAUGGUGAGAUGGGAAUGACCGGACCACCAGGCGCUAAUGGACUACCAGGGCCCGUAGGUGAGCCUGGGCGGCCCGGGGCACCGGGCACCGAUGGCGCAACUGGACCAAAGGGAGAAAUGGGUAUGCAAGGUGCACCUGGAAGUCAAGGGUUCCCCGGACCCCAGGGGCCCUCGGGACAGGCCGGAGAGCCGGGAACACCCGGAGACAGGGGAGACACUGGUCAAGAUGGAACCCCUGGUCGUCAAGGUGACAUCGGAGAGAAGGGAAACACCGGAGCACCUGGAGAACAAGGGUUACCUGGACUUGCCGGACAGGAAGGGAAGAGGGGACCUCCCGGGCCCCCAGGACAACAAGGGCCAGUCGGAUUAACAGGAGAAAGGGGAUCCCCUGGAGCAACUGGAUUGCCAGGACCACAAGGCUCGCCUGGAUCUUCUGGGAGACCCGGGGAGAGGGGACAAGCAGGGGAGCCAGGAAUCUCCGGAGACCCGGGGAUACAAGGAACACCCGGAUUUCAAGGCCCACCUGGACCAAGGGGUAGACCAGGAAAGAGUGGUAACCAAGGGCAACAGGGAGAACGCGGACAACCUGGACUCGCAGGAAAAGACGGCAAAAACGGAGAAGCUGGCCCCCCCGGCCCCCCAGGAAAUCCAGGACUCCAGGGACCCAGUGGAAUCGUCGGAGAGUCGGGUCUCCCAGGAAGAGACGGUGACUCUGGACCCCCGGGUCGUCAAGGAGGGAGAGGUGUACGUGGACCGGCCGGUCCCCCGGGACCCGAAGGACCAAUAGGCAUUCAGGGGCCACAAGGAGAGAGAGGAGAAACUGGUGUCGCUGGAGAUCCUGGAUUCAAUGGGCCACCUGGAGGACCAGGUGUUCCGGGAGAUAACGGAAAAACCGGCGAACCCGGCGCCCCGGGACCAAACGGUGAGCCGGGAGUUCCAGGGGAGAGGGGUGAACCAGGAAUACAAGGAGAGCCAGGACCGUCCGGACCGAGGGGUCCCACCGGAGAACGGGGGACAUCCGGCCCCCCAGGAGAACCAGGACCACCGGGACCACAAGGACCAAUCGGAGAGCGAGGAGACACGGGCAGUCCCGGAGUCGUGGGAUUACCAGGAGAUUCCGGGCUACCAGGACCAAGAGGGUCACGUGGAAACAGGGGCCCUAGAGGUCUGGCGGGUAAUGACGGAAUCCCUGGUGAACCGGGUGCAGAGGGAUUGAAAGGCGAACCCGGUCCCCCCGGCCCUAUCAACACCGCGCCAGCCUUACCGGGUCCCCGAGGAGAUCCAGGUCUCCCUGGAGAGCCGGGGACACCCGGAUCAGACGGACCAAGAGGAUAUCCAGGAAAUCCCGGACCUGUAGGGGAGCGGGGUGUUCAGGGAGACCCAGGCCCCCCAGGGCUAUCUGGAGAGAUUGGGGCUCCUGGCCCACGGGGAGAUCCUGGUCCUCGUGGAUUCCAAGGGGAGCAAGGAAUAUCCGGAGAAAAUGGAAGACCAGGGGAAUCUGGUGGCAAGGGAGAAGUCGGAGAAGCUGGGCCUCAAGGACCGCCCGGGACGCCCGGUUCACCCGGACGAUCUGGCCCACAGGGUCUACCGGGCGAAGCCGGCCCAACUGGAGCCCCGGGAGAGAUGGGACGACAGGGAGACAGGGGAGACCGAGGAGAAAUAGGCGCCCCAGGACCAGUGGGCCGACCCGGAGACGAUGGCAGCGACGGACGCGACGGAGCACCGGGCGAGCGCGGGAACUCCGGGCCACAGGGUCUUCAAGGACCCCCCGGCCCAUCCGGUCCCCAGGGUGAGCGAGGCGCCCCCGGGUACCCCGGAGCCACAGGAGAAAUGGGUCCACAAGGAGAGCAGGGUCUGAUGGGAUCACCUGGAGAACCAGGAAGGAAUGGUUUGGAUGGACUGAAUGGGCCACCAGGCUCACCUGGUCCCGUCGGACCUCAAGGUCCAGACGGACCUCCAGGAGAAAAUGGUCCUGCUGGUAUGAACGGAUCACCCGGUGCACCAGGAGCCUCUGGAGAAAAGGGUCCUAGGGGACCUACAGGUCCUUCCGGCCUUCCUGGACCCCCAGGACCUCAGGGACCCCAAGGACCUACGGGUGUGUCUGGUCCCCAGGGUGAGCGAGGAGAGAGGGGAGAAGCAGGUGCUCCGGGACCCAAAGGUUCUGCUGGACUCCAAGGACAGAGGGGAGAGAGCGGAGUACCGGGUCCCCAGGGUGACGUGGGUGCUAUUGGAAUGGACGGCAUGCCUGGUGCUUCUGGUGAAAAGGGCUCGUCGGGCGAUCCUGGUCCGGCAGGUGUUCCAGGGUUCCCCGGAUCCAGAGGACCCCAAGGCAUACCUGGCUCACCUGGACUACAGGGCCCCAAAGGAGCAAGCGGUCAACCCGGACAACCUGGAUAUAAAGGAGAACGCGGACCUAGGGGAAUGCCCGGAAGUUCGGGUGACCGAGGUCAUCCUGGACAUCCCGGACAGGAGGGAAAGAGGGGACUUAGAGGAUCCAUUGGAGACCCUGGCCCCCAGGGACCUCCCGGCGACCGAGGAUCGAUGGGAGAGAGGGGUCUUCCCGGAAAUGUCGGAGACCCCGGAUCACCGGGAGAGGAGGGAGAGCCAGGAGCACGUGGGAGGAGAGGUGAAUCCGGACCUAACGGUGAACCAGGGAGAACAGGUCCUCCUGGUCCGCGUGGACCGAGGGGUGCUGCCGGUCGGCCAGGCUUGGACGGUAUGCAGGGACCGGUCGGAGAUCCGGGAAUCAGUGGGAAUGAAGGACGCCCCGGAGAAAUGGGACCACCAGGAAAUGCAGGAGCUGUGGGGAUUCAAGGGCCCCAGGGACCGGCAGGGUCCAGGGGACCUCCAGGGAGAGACGGAAAUCCAGGAGGCCCUGGUCCUGAGGGGCCACAAGGUGACCCCGGACCGAUGGGUGAAGCAGGACCAACAGGAAACCCCGGACCCCAGGGAGAAACAGGUGACCGUGGCCCCUUUGGGAAUCAAGGCCCCAGAGGUUACCCCGGAGCACCAGGAUUAACCGGACCAUCGGGAGAGGCGGGAAAACCCGGAGAGCCAGGGCCGCCCGGAGCUGCCGGACUCACCGGGAGAGCUGGUGCCAAUGGAGAGCGUGGAUUCCCUGGAGACCAGGGUGUCCCCGGAGUGCCAGGUGAAUCAGGUGCCCCUGGACCUAUCGGACCAGCGGGGCGUGACGGCGAAAGAGGACUGCCAGGACCUAAAGGUGACCGAGGAGAUAUAGGACCCUCAGGACCUAGCGGCAUGCACGGAGCUCGGGGAGAGCAGGGAGCAAGAGGACCUAAAGGAGAAGAGGGUGAACCUGGAGAACCCGGACCUGACGGGGCACCGGGUAGAUCAGGCCCCCAGGGAGCCCCAGGACCUCCAGGCGAUAUGGGACCUAUGGGUCUCUCAGCUGAUCCCGGAACUCAGGGUGACGCUGGUAACCCUGGAGAACCAGGACCACGAGGAUCCCCCGGGGGUCGGGGACCUCCAGGAGAGGAAGGGGCGUCGGGCAUCCCAGGACCUCCCGGACCCUCAGGACCUCUAGGUGCCCGUGGACUGAAUGGACUGUCCGGCGUAAAGGGGGAAACGGGAGAUCGCGGAAUUUCUGGCGCACCCGGUAAUAGAGGACCCUCGGGUGCGGACGGUAUCCCAGGUAGAAAAGGUGAGCGAGGAGACCGGGGAAUCCCUGGUAUUCCUGGUCAACCCGGCCCCACAGGUAGAGACGGUCCCCAGGGAUUCCCCGGAAAAUCUGGCAGCCCCGGGUCACAGGGUACCCCCGGUCAGGAUGGUAUCACGGGAAUGCGUGGUGAACCCGGAUCCCCUGGGCCCAGAGGUCAGGAAGGUAUGCCAGGCAACCCUGGACAGCCAGGUCAAAAGGGGGCAAGGGGCGAGGAUGGAGCAGAGGGGCCUACUGGUCCAGUUGGGCCUUUGGGAAAUUCAGGAGAAGUAGGUUUACCCGGAGAUCCUGGUACACGCGGAGAAAGGGGACCAAUGGGACCAGCAGGUGCAGUUGGUUUACCCGGAGAGCCUGGAAAAUCUGGGUCCGACGGCGCGCCAGGAAAGCAAGGUCCCCAGGGACCUCCAGGGAACCCAGGGUCUGUUGGAAAUGUGGGAUCACCCGGUAAUCCUGGACCAGAUGGUGCACCUGGAAUUACGGGACGUACAGGUGAGAAAGGACCCGCUGGAGAGAUGGGACAGUCCGGACCACCCGGGUUACCAGGGUUCGCUGGCCCCCCAGGAGUGACUGGUGCAACCGGUCCAAGUGGCGAAAGAGGAUUAAGAGGUGAAAAAGGUCCAUCUGGAGCACCCGGCGCACCUGGAGUACGGGGACCACCGGGUUCAAAUGGAAUUCAAGGAAACUCUGGAGAGAAGGGAGAUAAUGGCGAAGAGGGUGAAAAGGGCGACCCUGGUUUAAUGGGAUUGAAUGGUUUACUAGGACCUGAGGGACCCCCCGGAGAGCCUGGACCAAUGGGACCCCCAGGCCCCUUAGGACAAGCGGGACCAACGGGACGACGAGGAAGACCUGGAGAGGAAGGGCAGCCUGGCGCACCCGGACACCAGGGACCCCUGGGACCACGUGGACCUAAAGGAGAUAGUGGACGACCAGGUGUAAUGGGAGAAAUGGGACAGCCCGGUUCACCUGGUAUCCCAGGUCCUUCUGUAUACGGUGCCGCAAUGCAAGGCUGGUUCCAAAGAGCCCCAGUCUUCAAAGGCCCCGGGUACCAGGGAGACGAGGCUAAGACCCAAGAGAAAGAAGAUGUGUUUAAAGCUCUUAAAGAUAUAACAGAGGAAUUGAGGAAGUUGAAAUUCCCAGACGGCUCAAAAGAGGCUCCAGCCAGAACGUGUCAACAGAUCAAGAAAAAUAAGCCGGACGCAGAAGACGGGUACUACUGGGUUGAUCCUAAUGCUGGUGUUAAACUUGAUGCCAUCCGAGUCUACUGUGACUUCAGGAGUAAGAAGAUUUACACGUGCGUUUUGCCAGCGAUGAACAUUACCGAUGAACACACUGCUCCAGGAGCGACCCAAUCACCCCUGUGGUACGCCUCCCAGCACUUACAGGAUGGAGAGAUCCCAUACCAGUCCAAAGUGGUACAGAUUAAGUUCCUUCAGAGCUUACACGAUAAAGCCGAACAGGAGAUCACUUUCCAUUGUAAGAACUCGGUAGCUUACCGCGAUGCCCAAUCAAAGAGCAAAGACAGGGCCAUCCUUCUAACAACAUUCAACGGAGACUGGCUGGGCGCGAACAACAAAAAGAAAUUUAGAUACAAGGUCACAGAGGAUGGAUGUCAGGUGAAAGACGGCUCAUGGGGGAAAACUGUGUUUGAGGUAAAAACGAAGAAGACCAACAGAUUGCCGAUCGUUGACGUUGGUAUUGCCGACAUAGGGCAGCAAGACCAGGCUUUCAGGGUGGAAGUUGGACGUGUUUGUUUUUCGUGAUAUCUGAGUUAAUGUUAUGGUCAGGAUAUACUUUGUGACUCGUCGAUUUUUGCGAUAGAAAAAAUAAAAUUCCAAUCAUUUCGUUCCUGUGAUUUAGAUAUGAAGCAAUUUUACAUAGCAUACUAUUUAUGUAUUUUAUGAUUUAUGACACACUUUAAAAGAAAAAAGCGCACGAGGGUAUUCUCGUGUGCGAGUGAGUGCGAGCGAGUAUUUGUGCGUGGUUAUGUGUGUGUGUAUGCGCGCGCGCGUUACAUGCAAUGAAAGAAUGGUGAGUUUUCUAAAAUUGUUUGAAGCAUAUUAUGUGAUCUUUUUGGACAAAAUACAUCAUAAAAAUCUUCAUGCGUGUUUGGAUCAUAUGCAUAUUUCUUAGCUGGUAUGUCAAGGCUAUUCUCUUUUAUUCGUUUUCAAUCAGCUGAAUCUAAUAAACAAUUGAAUCAAAA